AUGUCGGCUAUGUCGGUUCGAUUUGCGCCAUCACGAUCCUGUUACUAGUAUAAUUAGCACUCUAUCCCUAAAUGAAAAUUGCUAACGGAACUUAGUCAAGUAUAACGAUCGCAUGUUUGAAAUCAACUUCGAAAAGUUUGCGGCACCUAGAGUAACAGAUGUAGAAAUUAUCCACAUGUGUUGUACAUCAGACUGCAGGUAUCAAGAGGCUAGCUGUCCAGUCCCAUGUUUUCAUACGGAGUGCUACGACUUUGCUAAGCGUGUGGGAAAUAUCAAUUUUCACGACUCCUCCCUUCGUGCUACUGAUUAUACUUUCGAACCCUCUGUUUUGCAAAAGCAGCUGCGAAUACAAUCAAUUCAACAAGAUCUCGCAACGGAGCUCCAGGCGCGGCCAUGGCCAAGACAUCUCGCAUUCGAAUUAUGGCAUAUUGUUGCCGGUUUUCUUACUCGGGAAUAUGCUAUUCGCGUGUCAGAGCGGCUUGAAUACUGUCUUUUUAAACGCUCUGUGUCUAACAGCCUUCUUGAUUUAUAUUGGGUUGAAAGGGUAUUGGGUACUGAAGGUCAUGGAGAAUUGAUUGCAUUGUAAAAGGUAGCUAUCUAAGGUGUUUAUAUAAAGAGUGUAAGGUUUAGGCAGACAUGAAGCAUUUAGGCAGCAGAGCUAUAAGUGGAUCAAAUAAGGAAGUGGAGCAAAAGAGAAAGUAGAC